UUAAAGAAAAGCCCAAACAAAACAAACGAAUACAGAAAGCAAAGAGCGGCAAAUCUGCUGCUUCUCUGAGGUCUUCUCCGUUUGCGCCACCUGCAAAGAGGAAUUCCGUCUCUCUCUCUCUAACUCUUAAGGAAAAGAACACAAUGAAGGAGAGAGAAGAAGAGAAUUUCGUGACGCCGGGUGAUAUGCUGGGGAAAGCUCUAGAGUUGAAACCUGGCUACGGCGCUUACUUCUCGUCCCACGAUAAAGCCAUAUACGCCUCUCUCACUGGAUUCCGCUCUCUCACUCCUGCCCCUCCCGACUCCGACGAUCCGAGGGCGACGGUGGAGGUGAAGGGCCACAAGGCACACGGUCCGGUGCCGGAGCCCGGAGUUGUUGUUACUGCAAGAGUUACGAAGGUUAUGGCUAAAAUGGCUUCCGCAGAUAUAGUAUGUGUGCGGCCCAAGUCGGUACGAGAAAAAUUCACGGGCAUCAUUAGGCAACAAGAUGUCAGAGCGACGGAGAUUGACAAAGUAGAAAUGCACUCCUCUUUCCGUCCUGGCGACAUAGUCAAAGCUUUAGUUCUGUCCCUUGGUGAUGCUCGAGCUUAUUAUUUGUCGACUGCAAAGAAUGAACUCGGUGUGGUUUCAGCAGAAAGUGUUGCUGAUCUCCAACUCUGAAUUUCAGUGGUGCCGGGCGAAUCGACGCAAGUGAUGGCUGUCUGCUUGGAGAGGGUGAAGAGGAAGAGGAGUGGAAGGGGACACAUGGCCUUCUGCUAUUGGACUUUUGAAAAUGUGGGACCCACAUUAGAAAUAAUAAUAAUAAAAAUUAUAGAACUAACGGACGGGUAACAGUACUGCCUGCCAUGUGGAUUUAAUUGUUUAAAUUUGUGGACUUCAGAAGUUUAUUUGAUCCAAUGUCGAGUAUGAGGGUAUAUGCUCUAGGGUGUCUACCUUAGGGGUGCAUUUGCACCUUGACCCUUUAAUAUAAGUACACAUUGUAAUUUUUUUAAUCUAUUUUGCAAUUUUUUUAAAAAAAAUACAAAAAUUCUAAAAAAAAUUAAAAAGUAGGUAUAAUGUGUAAAAAAUAAAAUAAUCAAAUACUAUUUUUAUUUUAAACACAAAAAAUCAAAUACAUAAAUUUAAUUGUGAUUAUCUGCCAUAUUAUGAUUAGAUGUGGCCAAACAACUUUUCCCUUUACUUUAUACGGAGUAUAUUUUUAACAUUUUCUUGGGGCCAAUUAGUGCAGCACCAUGUGCAUAAAGGAUGUGCCUUAUCUCCCACGUACACUUUUACACACUUUUAUAUCUUUUCUUUUUCAUAUUUUACUAUCCUACCUUUAAAUUUGUCGGCCACUGACUUAAAUAAUUAAGCUUAGUUCCCUAUGCAGAAAAGGGGAGGAACUCUACUCUGAUCUUCUUCGGAUUGAAGGGCUGAGAUUGAGUUCAUUUGAUUGAUAUAUAAGCUAAUUCUUUGCAGUUAAUUGAAAUAGUUUUUCAUUAUCAGUUUACAACACGAGGAGAGAGAGAGAAGAAUUGGAGAGGUAACUGAGAUAGAGCUUGUGAUUGCUUCUAUGAUUUCUGCCUAUUAUUCUCAUUGUAUUGUAUCUGCACUUUGUUGAUCUGUGAAUAAAACGUUUCUUGAAUUUCUUUCAUUGCUCAUCAAGAGUGUUGUGAGCUGAUUUGGUAGCUGGUUUUCUUGAGUGUGUUGCUGCCGCUGCGUUGAUUGUUGAUUCUUGGAGCUGAGAUCCAACAAUGAUUUAUUGCUUAAGCCGACACCUAACUUAAUUUGAUCAAAAUUUAGCAGUUAUCAUUAUGGCAGCGGAGGCGGCGAUCUCAUCUCUGGUCGAACUACUGUGCGAUCAGCUCAUCCAUAAGGUUAAAUUCCUGCGAGGCGUCGAGGGAAAGGUGGAGUCGCUGAAAGCCGAGUUCAAGAGGAUGCAAUCCUUUCUGGAAGACGCCAACAAAAAGCAAUUUCAAGACAUGAGGGUGCGUAAUUGGAUCUCGGAGAUCAGAGAGUUGGCUCAAGAUGCCCAAGAUACCAUCGAGAUGUUCCUUCUCAACGUUGAGAGUGCCAAGAAUUGGGGGCUCUUCAAAAGAUGUACAACCUUCCCGAAGCGUAUGUAUCACCUCUACGGAAUUGGAGAUGAGAUUGAGUCGAUCCUAACUAGGCUUGAUGCCAUUGACAAAAGCCGCGAGAGGUACGGGAUCCAGGAUCUCGGAGAGGCAGCCGAGUCAUCAUCGAGAUCGGAAGUUGAAUUGCGGCGGCGGUUGUGUAAUUGGCAAAAGGACGAACAUCUGGUGGGCGUUGAAGAUGAUGUGAAAAAGCUGCUGCAAGAAUCGAUUCUGUGUGAGGAGAAGAAAGGGCUUUCCAUUACGGUGUUAGAGGGCAUGGGCGGGAUCGGGAAAUCGACACUUGCCCGGGAAAUAUACAACCACCCCGACGUCGUUGCUGGUCCAUUUGAUCAUCGUUGUUGGGUUGUGGUGUCGAGUGAAUUUACACCACAAGAGACGAUCAAGCAGCUUAUCUUGGAGCUGUCGGGCUCUGACAAACAAAAGGUGCGUGAAUUGGAGGAGUCAACCAAGGACAAGCUAUAUCUACUACAAAAGCUUAAAGAAAUGCUUCAUAUGCAAUUGGAGGGCAAAUCAUAUUUCAUAGUUCUGGAUGAUGUUUGGGAGAAGGAACAUUUGGAAUCUCUCAUCACUGCUUUCCCAAAUCAACAAGGUAACCAUACCAUUUAUCCUAUUUUAAUUUGUUUUAAAUCUUAUUUUACUGGAUAUUUCUUCUCCACUUUCAAUUUGUAUGCUUUAAUUUUGUGAUAAUUAAUUAUGGUUUAUUCAAUUCAAUUUUUUUUAAACAAU